AUGGCAGGCAUAAAACUUUUCUCUGAAUAUCUUGUUAUUCCUUUCCUCUUUCUUUUUUUAUCAACUCUCUUUGUAGUUACGAGCCUUAAUGUUAGCACUCUUUGCAUUAAGGAAGAGAGAUUGACCCUCCUUAAAAUAAAAAAAAACCUCAAAGAUGCUUCCAAUUGUCUUUCUUCAUGGGUUGGGGAAGAUUGUUGUUAUUGGAAAGGUAUAGAGUGCGACAACCAAACCGGUCACGUUCUAAAGCUUCACCUCCGGUACUCCCAAAUCUGCUCCACUACAAAUAAAUUACCCUUAGGCGGUAAGAUAAGUCCUUCAUUGACAGACUUGAAACAUCUGAGUCACUUGGACCUAAGUGACAAUGACUUCGAAGGAAUCACUAUUCCAAAAUUUAUAGGUUCUCUCAAUAUGUUGCGUUAUCUUGACCUAUCCAAUGCUAAUUUUGCUGGAAUGGUCCCUACUCAUCUAGGCAACUUGUCAAAUUUGCUUUAUCUUGAUAUCUCUAUAGCAUUUUCAUCACUUUGGAUAAUAGAUGUAAGCUGGCUCUCUGCUUUGUCUUCACUUCAGUAUCUUCACAUGGGUUCUGUUAAUAUUUCUAGUGCAUCCUAUGAAUUUUUUCGAGCAUUGAGUAUGAUGCCAUCAUUGGUAGAAUUACAGUUGCCUAAUUGCAAGCUUGUUACUCUCCCUCCAUCUCUUCCAUUUGAAAAUUUUACAUCACUUUCUGUGCUUGAUCUAUCGGGGAAUUAUUUUAAUUCCUCAACACCGUCAUGGUUGUUCAAUAUGAGUAAUCUCAUAGAUAUUGAUCUCACUUUUUCAUCUCUUAGAGGUCCCCUUCCUGUGCUUGGCAGAGGGAAUCUCUGUAAGCUUCAGAGACUACUCUUGUCUAAUAAUGAUCUCAUCGGUGAUAUAACUCAAAUGUUGGAGACCUUGUCAUCAUGUAGCAACCAAAGUCUGAAGCUUUUAGAAUUAAAUUCAAAUCACUUGACAGGGAAAUUGCUCCAUUCAGUAGGUCUAUUCAACAGUUUGCAUGAUCUUGAAUUGUCAGGCAACUCACUCUCAGGUCCUAUACCAGCAUCAAUAGGAAACUUAUCAAACCUUGUUUAUCUGGAUUUGGAAGGCAACAUGAUGAACGGGAAAAUUCCAAAAAGUAUUGGUCAACUAACCAAGUUGCAACUCCUAAAUCUACUCGAGAACAAUUGGGAAGGUACAAUGACAAACAUUCAUUUCCAUAAUCUCACAAACAUUGUCGGUUUCUCUGUAUCAUCUAAAACGAACUCAUUCAUCUUUAAUGUGACACAAGAUUGGAUUCCACCUUUUAAGAGUUUGCAUUAUGUUGAAAUUCGUGAUUGUCAAGUUGGCCCUACAUUUCCUAAUUGGCUCAACAACCAAGUGUUCUUGCUGAAGAUAAUCCUAAGAAAUGCUAAAAUUUCUGGGGAGAUACCUCGUUGGCUUUACAGCAUGUCCUCUCAGAUUCGUCAGCUAGAUCUUUCUCACAACAAAAUAAGUGGUUACCUUCCGAUUGAACUGAACUUCUGUUCGACCCUGUCAUCAAUCGUCAACCUUGCUUUCAACCAGUUGAAGGGCUCAAUCCCACUUUGGUCUGGUCUCACUGUUCUCAAUCUAAGGAACAACUUACUGUCUGGAAUUGUGCCAGUCAAUAUUGGCCAGGAGAUGUCAGGUUUGAGGUUCUUGGAUCUCUCAAAUAAGCACCUGAAUGGGAGCAUUCCACUAUCCAUAAAUAAGAUUCAAAAAUUGGUUUAUGUUGAUCUCUCCAACAAUUAUUUGAGAGGGGAAAUCCCCGUGUUUUGGACGGGUUUGCAGAAUUUACAAACCAUUGAUCUAUCCAACAAUAAUUUUUCAGGUGGAAUUCCAGCUUCAAUAUGUUCUCUACCUUCACUUUUUAUCCUAGAAUUGAGCAAAAAUAAUCUCUCUGUAGAUUUGUCUUUUGUCUUUCAAAAUUGUACUACUCUGAGAACUCUUUCACUAGGAAACAAUAGGUUUUUUGGGUCUCUGCCAAAUGAGAUAACCAAAAACCUUCCUUCACUUUCAGAGUUACUUUUUAGAGGCAACAGACUCAGUGGAAGCAUUCCCGAAGAGCUAUGUCGUCUACCUUUCCUCCAUUUAUUGGAUCUGGCAGAAAACAACAUAUCAGGGUCUUUACCAACGUGUUUGGGUGAUGUGCACGGUUUCAAAUUGCCACAAACGAACUUUGCGUAUCUUCCCCAUCCAACAAUCUUUUAUGACUCGUUAACCUACAGAAGGCAUAUAGAAUUGACGCUGAAAGGAAGAAUAAUUGAUUAUUUGAGCCGAAUGCUCGUGUAUUCCGCCAUUGAUCUUUCUAACAAUCACCUUUCUGGAGAGAUCCCAGUGGAGUUAGCUGAGCUAAUUCACUUGGGUGCCAUGAAUUUGUCCUGGAAUAAGCUAACUGGGCACAUACCCGACAACAUUGGAUCAUUAAAAGAUUUAGAAAGUCUUGACCUUUCGCACAACCGUCUUUUGGGUCCAAUACCUCCAAGCAUGGCUUCCAUGACUUUCCUGAGCUAUUUGAACUUGUCAUACAACAAUCUGUCUGGACAAAUUCCGAUUGCUAAUCAGUUUGGGACCUUUAAUGAUCCAUCGGUUUAUGCAGGCAACCCUUACCUUUGUGGGGAUCCUUUACCUAUUGACUGCUCAUCAUUGUUGCAUGGAAAUGGAGAGGAAGAAAAAGAUGGUGCUGAUGAAGAUGAUGAAAAGAUUGAACGAUUGGGGUUAUAUGCAAGCAUAGCUGUGGGGUACAUUACGGCCUUCUGGUUAGUGUUUGGUAGUUUGUUGUUGAAGAGAUCUUGGAGAAAUGCACAAUUCAAGUUUGUGUUUGACAUGAGAGACAAGCUUUUAGUUCUGAUUGCAGUUAAUUUGGCGCGUGCAAAACGGAGGUUUGGAUUGGAAAGAAUCUGAGAAUGCAUGUGACGACCGUGACAACAACAAUGAUAUAUAUCAGUCAUAUACUCAUGUCCCACUGUCUUUGUAAGGUGUAUUAGUUACAAUUGUCAUAUGUAAGUUUCUCGCGUAUGUUGCUUGAAUCCGUUCCUGUUGUCCAUAGGUAAAUAAGGAAAUGGAAUCAGUGCUGCUUUUUUUCAUUAGGACUUUUACUUGAUAACAUACAUUUAUGUGAUA